AUGGCUGCGAUCUGUGCUGUGUGCUAUGACUCAUUGACUCUAGGAUUGCGCGACACGGGUAAACGUCCGGUGUGUGCCGUUGGAUGCGGACAUGUGUUCCAUUUGGACUGCAUCAUGCGAUGGCUUCAAGAGCGACCAGCAGGGACAUGUCCACAGUGCAUGACCCGAUUAUCAGAAAGAAAUUUGCAGCGUUUGUUGGUCGAAACUGAAGACUGUUCUACUCGGCGUAGUUCGGGUCGAGUUUCUACUGCCGGAGGCCAGGCAGUCUCGGGAGCUGUGCAACAAAAUGAAGAAACGGCUGACCUCAAGGCCUGGAUGGCGCGGUGCGUCACGUUAGAGAAGAAAAAUAAGGAACUUGAAGAUGAGUGUCAGGCACUGCGUUUUGCGCUUGAAGAUGGUUCUCAGGAUCACGCUCAUGGAUUCAAUAAUGGAUUUUUUUCUGAGCUGCUUCGUCGUCCUCUGAAUGCUCCCGCUAACCAUCCACGGGAAGCUGCACGACAUCAUGCCCCGGCGCCUGAACGCGAACUCCGACAUCCUUUUUUCCAUCCUGACUUUCCCACUCGACAUGGAAGAAAUCCUCCGCGGUCUAACCCGGCCCGUGCUCUUGGCUCUAUGGCAACGAUGGCCGAUCCUUUCUUUGAGCAUCUGAAUAUGAAUCACGAUUGGGAUGACGCUAACUUUCUGUCGCUGAGAGACAUGCUUCAUGACCCUCUGUGA